GCUAAAACACUUACGCCGCAUAGAGGUCCCAUUAUCAUCUCCCUUCGCGUUAUUGCCUAGAUGUAAAAAUAGCCAAGGAAAUUUCUAAAAUAAAAAAUCGAAGGAAACUGAUGCUGGACUAAGCACGUAUUUUUUAUAGGAGGGGUGAGAGACAGAAAGGAUAGGAAGGGAGGGUAGAGAGAGAGAGAGAGAGAGAGAGAGAGAGAGGAGGAGGGGAGGGCAAGCAACAAGAAAUUCAUAGCAAUUAAUAAUAAAAAAGAGUUGGCAGUCGUGCUUGGAAAACUGGCAUGGUUUUUGGAGGCUGGCAGUUCAAAGUUGAAACGUCAGAAAUGACUCCAGAAGUCUGUUGAGAUGAUCAUUAAGGGAGACUUAGAUCGGAUGGCAGAAGAGCUCGGGCAUCCAGGUGGUGGUCUGAAGACAAUGCUGGAUGCCAUGGAAGUCCCAAGUCAUGCUAGGCACCUCCUUUUGCAACUCAACACACAGCGCACCAAGGGCUUUCUCUGCGAUGUCAUCAUCGUGGUGCAGAACGCCUUGUUCCGAGCUCACAAGAACAUUCUCGCUGCCAGCAGCCUUUACCUGAAAUCCCUGGUUGUCCACGACAACCUCAUCAACUUGGACCAUGAGAUGGUGAGUCCAGGAGUCUUCCGGGUCAUAUUAGACUACAUAUACACCGGACGCUUGAGCGAGGGAGACCCGACCUCUCCCAGUGAGCCCAACCUCGGGGCAGUGCUGGCAGCAGCCAAUUACCUGCAGCUGCUGGACUUGGUGGCCUUAUGCAAGAAAAAGCUGAAGAGGAAUGGAAAGUACUCGCACCCCGGCGCAGCGUUUUUACCGUACAAACUGAGCAGUGGCGAGAUGGUCAGGGGAAGAUUCCGCGUGCCCACGCCGGUCAUCCAGCCGUGUUUCCCCGGGGCGAACAGCCACACGCCACGCCCGGCCUCUCUGGAGGACAUGCCCCAGCACCAGCUGCCUCGCCACGCCGGGGAGCUCUACGCGCCCAUCUCCGGUCCCCAGGCGUACUCCGGCCUGCAGCAGGGCCUACCCUCCCAACCGGGCCUGCGCCUCCCAUCCUCCGAGAGGAACUGUUCCCCCAUCUACGGCCUGGACCUUUCCAAGAAGAGCCCCAGCUCUCACUCCCAGCACACACCGUCCCACUCCCACCUGAGCCACUCGCACCACCCGGACGACGAGCCCGGCGGCCGGCCGCAGAGUGGACGCGACAGCCCCAUGCUGGUGUCCAACCACUCCGACAAGAUGGAGACCGGCGAGCACCCGGGCGGACCCCUGACCCCCCACUCGCUCCCGCGCCUCAACCAGCCGCUGGCACCCCACCUCCCCCACCUGCAGCGCUCGGGGCCCCAGAACCAGGAGGCCUACCCCUGCCCGCCCAGCCCCGACACCCCGGGGGACAACGGCGAGCGCGGCCGGGACCGGGUGAGCGUCUACCGCUGGGUGAAGAACGAGCCGCUGUCCUACAACCCCGAGGACGAGGAGGAAGACGAGGAAGACGAUGAGGGCGAAGACAUGGCGGACAGGGACAAGGACAACAACCACAAGGGCAACGAGGUCGGGUACAGAGGGGUGGAGUGCGACGGCGAGGACGAGAAGAGCGGCUCGGGGAGCGAGGAGACGGGCAGCAGCGAGGGCCGGCCGUCGCCGCCUGGUGGCAUGGGGAGGUACCACGUGCCGUUCGAGCCCGAGAGCUUCGGCGACAACCUGUACGUGUGCAUCCCCUGCGACAAAGGCUUUCCCAGCUCCGAGCAGCUCAAUGCCCAUGUGGAGACUCACACCGAGGAGGACCUCUACAGCAACUCCGAGCUGGGCAAUGGUAAGGGCAACAGUGGCGGCGGCACCCCCAACGGACCGCCCAACCACAACAACAGCAACAACAACAACAGCCUGUCCUACCAGGACAGCAAGUCCGGCCAGAUGCUGCCGGCGGUGGGCAUGGGCGAGAUGAUCCGGCCGUACCGCUGCUCCAGCUGCGAGAAGUCCUACAAGGAUCCGGCCACGCUGCGCCAGCACGAGAAGACCCACUGGCUGACCCGGCCGUACCCGUGCAGCAUCUGCGGCAAGAAGUUCACGCAGCGCGGCACCAUGACGCGCCACAUGCGCAGCCACCUGGGCCUCAAGCCCUUCGCCUGCGACGCCUGCGGCAUGCGCUUCACCCGCCAGUACCGCCUCACCGAGCACAUGCGCAUCCACUCGGGCGAGAAGCCCUACGAGUGCCAGGUGUGCGGCGGCAAGUUCGCCCAGCAGCGCAACCUCAUCAGCCACAUGAAGAUGCACAGCACCGGCGGCGCGGGCACGGGACUGACCGCCGACGGCAAGCUCAAGUUGGACUUCUCAGACGGCAUCUACCCGCUGACCAAAUACACGGCCGAGCACCUGGGCCUGAAGCAGGAGAAGGCCUCGGAGCUGUUGGCCCAGGCCUCGCAGCACCUCCUGGAUGCCAAGACCAUCGAGAGCCUGUACCCGCUGCACAAGCUGGCCGUCGAGCACUUGGGGCUCACGCACGACAAGAUGGACGUCAUGGCCCAGGGCCUGCCUCCACCGCCCCCACCGCCACUGCCCCCCAUCCCUGGGGAAUCUCGCACCAUCGACCGCUACUCGCCCAGCUAAGGAGGAACUGGCAAAGCGAAAGGAAAGAGAAAAAAGCAAAGAAAAGGAAGAAAUUAAAACAGAGCCUGCCAAAGCAACAAGUUUCGGACGAGUCUCGAUUGGCAUUGUCAGGGACGCCUUUCUGAAAUACCGCCUACAGUAUUUUUUCAACUCCACUCACCUCAGCUUGUUCUAAAGACCUGCACCUCAGAUUUAGGAGGCCAAAGAAAGCAAUGGCCAAAAUAAAUGCACACAAAACUUGACACCAAUAAGUGCCUUUUCCUUACCAAUUGUGCAUCGCAUGCAAAGAAAUAAAACUUCCUAAAAGGAGAACUGUUAUUUAUAUGGUUUUCGACCAUGGACACAAACAUAACAGUGCAGUAUUUAUAUGACAACUCUUUUUUAGCUAAGCCAUCGAGCCAGAAAACAAAAUUCAUAACCAAAAAAAAGAUUGUUUUUAUUUAUUUUUUUCUUUUGUAUGUAAAAGAAAGCCAAAUAAGAAAAUUGUUCAAAUGUUACAAAUAGUGUUGCAACCACACCCUAAACCUGUGUACUUAGAGUUGUUAGUGUAUAUAUAAAAUGAGGAAAAAAAGCACAUAUGAUCAAGAUUCAGGGCUUCUGUCCAGGACUGAGAGGGAAUUUGGACAAAAGAAAAAGCCUUUGGGAUUUUACAGAAAUUGGAAGACUGUAUUUUUUUGAAAGACUUGACGGAGUACUGGAUUUUCUCCUGUACCUCACUUUCCAGCUUUUGCCAGCUCUUCCAGUCAAAAGGGAGCAACAAACUGAAGAGCGAGAGAGAGUGUUUGUUCCAGCAUUUAGGUAAUGUGAUCUAAGCUUUGUUUUCUGCAUUUGUUGCCCAGCCCUUCCAAGCGUUAUAUGUAACAGCCCACAACAAUAGUAGCGCUAUUAUUUUUCUAAGCAGUGCCAUAGCCUUUUGAACCCUUCAACUUUUUACAUUGUAUUGUUUAAUUCCACUCCUGUCAGAGCACCAAGUGCCUUCAAACUGUUUUUGAAAGAGUAGCUAGUACAACCCUGUGAUCUCACAACUGGGAAAUCAUAGUGCAUACCCCGAUCAUGACAUCGUAAUCCCCGUUCAUGCAUUUUAAUCCAUCUGCUGGGUUAGAGUAAGCAUGGGUGUGUCAAAGCCAAAAA